AUGGGUAGUGGAACAAUGACAGCCAAAUCAAAGCGUCAAAGAACUAAAUAUACCAAGGAACAGCUUGAAGCUUUGGAGAGAGUGUUUAUCUCUAACCAGUACCCAGAUUCUCUCACUACAGACGAAUUAGCUGAUCAGUUAGAAAUCUCAAAUGAAAAGGUGUCUAUCUGGUUUCAAAACAGAAGAUCUAAGUUUAAAAGACAAUACAAGGAUUCACAAGUUACAUGGAUGAGAAAUCAGAUGUAUGACCAAGAAAACAGACCGCCAGUUUUAACCAUCCCAAGUGAACCGAGACGACCAAUGAAGCCAACAUCUGAUAUUUUAGGAAGACCACAUGUGUUAACAGUCUCGACAGCAAAUCACCAACACACCGUUGAUAAUAAGAAACCAGUUUCAAACUUACACUACAAGCCAAAUGCUGACGUACUGUCCACACCUUUACCAUGGGAGCAUAACUUUGGAUACACAACUCCAUCACCACCGUUUGACUAUUCGUCUUGUGCAAAUGACAUUUUGAAAGACUGUAGUGUGAACCCAGCAUCAACAAGACCUGACUAUCCAAUCGAUAUACAGUACCGCGGUCAUGUGACUCCCCCUGGUUUCUGGUCACCAUACGUGACAAGUUCUAUUCAACCAGCACCUGUUCGAUCAUGCAUGUUUUCUAACUAUCCAUUUUUUCCGCAAACGCAAGUGACCAAUCAGCAGUUGACUUUAUUAUAA